CUCCAGACAACUUUUGAAACGGGACAUUUAUCAAGCAGCGGACGAGUCGGGCUAGUGACAAAGAAGCGAGGGUUAUAUCUAGCGAAUGACAAGGUAACUUUAAGAUUGGGAUGUUAGUAUGUCCUAGUCUCGUCCAACCAGCAGUACGGACGAUGUGUAGAGUCAUGUGAAACUAAUAUUUUUUUUCAACACGCAUAUUCACCUGGUAUUAUAUUAGUUAUAUUACGUUGGAGAUUAUGCAGCGAGUAAUGAGGAUCGUGUGACAUAUAUUACAACGUAGUCAACAGGUUUUGAAGCAGCUGCAACAUCGACUGAAGUGUGGACAACAUCUGAAGUGUAUCAAAGAUCUACUGAAGUGUGUUGAAGGUGUAUUGAAGUGUAUUCAAAGGGAUAAUUCAAUAUAUACUGGAGUUUAUACAGCGAGUAUUGAGAGGCGAACAUAUAUUACCACGUAUUCAUCAUGUAUUGAAGCAUUUGCAACUUACAUAUAUUGAAGUGUAUCCAACAUCUCCUGGAGUGUUUUGAAGGUGUAUUGAGGUGUAUUCAAAAGAUAAUUCAAUAUAUGCUGGAGUUCAUUCAGCGAGUAUUGAGAAGCUGACACAUAUUACAACGUAUUCAGCAGGUAUUGAAGCAUUUGGAAUUAACACAUAUUGAAGUGUAUCCAACAUCUACUGAAGUGUUUUGAAGGUGUAAAGAAGUGUAUUCAGAGGGAUAAUUCAAUAUAUACUGGAGUUUAUACAGCGAGUAUUGAGAAGCGUACACAUAUUACAACGUAUUCAGCAGGUAUUGAAGCAUUUGCAACAAACAUAUAUUGAAGUGUAUCCAACAUCUACUGGGGUGUUUUGAAGGUGUAUUGAAGUGUACUCAAAAGAUAAUUCAAUAUAUACUGGAGUUUAUACAGCGAGUAUUGAGAAGCGAACACAUAUUACCACGUAUUCAAGCAUCGGAACAUAUUGAAGUAUUUUCAAUGUGUAUUGAAGUGUAUUCAAAAUAUAUUUGAGUGCAUUCAAAACGCUGAAAGAGGAAGUGUUUAUUGAAGAGGACAAACCAUGAACAAGGAAGCACUUGACUGAUAACGCGCCAUAUGAUUAUGUUUUGCAAGCAUCAUGACUUCAGGAGAAAAGGGGAAAUUCCAUCAUUUCUAACGUCAUUGGUGUUUCACUGCCCCGAGCUCUCAAGACUGUUUACCUGCCAUUUCUCGAGAGUCUAAAAAUACAGAGAUCAAACUAAUUGCAAACUUGACCAGAAGGUCGGCAGGUGUUGUGCAAUCACAGUCCUGCACGGUGAACGUUUCUGACUUGAGAUACUGGCGUCGCGAAAAAUAAUUUCAUAUCCUUAUAUUGAUCCAAGUGUAAAUAUGCUGCAACUUAAAGUACCGUCACGGCAUUGUGUUGACAGUAUACAAUAACACACGUGAACAAACAUUCAACCUGGAGAUUGGAUUUGCUAAUAUCCAUUAAUAUAUAACCCAUGGAUCUUUAUGCAUACAGCACUCGACUGCGUGGCAAAGGGAUGUCAUUUACACGUGUGGACUAACGGUCUACACCGUCUCUAUAAAUAUCUACAAUUAGCAUGAUAUGUUAGCACGAUAUCGCCUCAGUGAAUAUUCAGACCAGAUGACAGUACGACUUCGUGUUAUAGCAUUGAUUAUAUAUAUCAGUUAGUGCACGCACAGAUAUGUGAACUAUAGAGCACUAAGAAACUGACCUCGGAACACACUGUGAUUUACCAGUUCCUCGAAUCCACGUUUCACCUUGGAGUGGGUGAUAGCCUGGCUGAAUAAGCUGUGCUGGUAAAGUCAAUAUUUGUUUAUUUGCACCCACCAACCAGCCGCCAUUGCGUCAGGGAAAGACUUGAAAAUGUCGGGAUGUCACUGUCACCUGGAACCACCCUCUUGUCAUAAGCUAGGUGAGGUUUGUGGCGUAGUCGGUGUUGUUGUCGUCAUCAAUGAGGCAGAACGAAGGUGAAUCCAUUCAAACCUAACUUCAACAUCAGUGUCAACAAAAGGAAAGAUAACAUUUUCCUUACCUGUGCAACGUGCGUGACGUGGGAUCGCAGUCAGAGGGGAACUCAUUCAUGAAAUAUGCUUUGAUAAGAGUUAGGCGUAACACACACACACCACAGUCAAGUGGCUUUACCUUGAGGUUGACGUUUUCAGAAGAAAUUAGCUGAAUGAAUGCAGUGUUCGGGAUGUGAUUGAGUGAAGCAUGUGAAACAUGUGAAACCUUUAUCUCUGGUUGACUUUACGAUAUAUGGACCGAUGUCUUGCCAUGUGAAACCGUGAUCACGAGUUGACUAGUUGAUACAUUUGUUAUUCUCUGUUAUACAUCGCCUUGUUCGGAGACGUCCUUCGUCAUAUUUGGAAUGGUGUCUUGUCCUGUGAAACCUUGAUCACAACUUGACUUCGAGAUAUUUGGAAAUGUACUAUAUUAUAUAAAGCCUUGGUCGGAUGUUGACUUCGAGAUACAAGGAGCUCUACUCCGCAGUGUGAAAUCUUCGCCACAGUCUCAUUUGACAAUAGUCACAGUGAAAGUCAUUCAUGCGAAACUUUGAUCACAUGAUUAUGUGCUUCGAUAUACAUGGACUAUUAUUUUGAGUGAAAACGUCGACACAGAGUGAGUUCGAGGUAAAGGGAGAUUCACCCAGAUUCAGAAACCUCCCAAUUGAAACACAGGUACAACUUUUCAUCUUGAGGAACGUUUAACUCAGGUAGUCUUUGAGAAUUAGAGAGAGUGAAGUUCUCAUUAAAUUUUAUCAGGCUGAAGUCAAAACUAAAAAAGCAUUUGGUAUAAAUCACUAAUUUUGGGAAAACGCGGUUUCCCAAUGAACUUAGAGGAAAUGGUACAAUUAAUUGGAAAUAUUGCCAAGAGCUUGUGUUCUUCCACAACACGGAUGAUGCAAUGGACUUCAAUUGUUUUGUGAGUCCGGUUAUAUCAGCCCUUUUGUCUGUUUACCUACUCGAAGGGUUUUACAGUUUUAUUCUGUAAUCGCUGCGGAUCUGUCACUCAACUGCUAUUACAACUUAAUGCUUCUCUGGCAAUAUAACAAACAUCAGUUGACAGAGAUUGCUAUAAGAUAUGACGUUAUAUUGUUCACUCUAUUACUCCACAAUAAGCAGCUUCCGUCACGGUUAAAGUUAUACGGCCACCUGCCACAAAGCGAUCAAAGCUUGGAGAAAUAGGGUGUUAGGAUUAAGCCAGCUUACAUCACCCACGACAACUGUAAGCACCUUACUCCAACCCAGGUCACCGAGGGACACACGGUUCUUUACUGGUCAUAGGAAACACUCUCAUUGAGAAGCACACUAUUCCAGGCAGUAUCAUACUCUCUUGGCCCCGGGCGGCAGUGUGUUGAAGUGCCGCAUCAUCCAGUACACGAUCUGACAUGUGUGAAUCGUGAAUCACUAUAAGGCUACUUGAUAUGUUAACCCAUGAAUCACAGCUGACCAGCUGAUUAGGGACGCUGCCGGACGAACAAGAACUCUUGUGAGUACCUACCCUGUUUGGAACCCAUAGGUUGGAACAUAUCUGAUAUUACACUCAUGGAACCUAACUUUGGACGUUUGGCAGCCAACUGGUACUCACGUUGUUAAACUGUGGAUUACAUUCGACCACCUAAACAUAACUGACGUUAGCGUUUCGACGUCGUGAUACCGGACAUAUUUGACGCCGUAGCUCACGUCUUUAAACCGUGGAUCGUCGCCGAUGACGUAACUGACGUCGCAGGAGCGCAGUUCACACCGUGAUCAUUAACUGACUUGGUGUUUCUGUGGGUAACUGACAAUGUUACACAUGGUGCCAUAUUAACAAAGCUCGCGGAUUUAUCCAACUGACAACGUCAAUCUAUGCAUCGUGGUAGGCGCGGUUAACACGAAGACCGUCGUCGGCGAUUCUUACGUGUGGAUUACAGCUGAGAGGUCUAGAUCUCUAGGGCAAUUGUCCCUUGGAAAACAUCCUUAAGCUGAACAAUUCAUAAAACACUGGUGACCAUUAUCCUGCAGUAACGAAUGAGUGAAAUUACUUCAGAAUUAGAGCAGUGUCAAUGUGUACGUCGACCAACAGGUGCUAGCUAAAUCAUUGAUAUGCGAGGUGUAUGAAAUAUAUACCAUGUGAUGUGAUUAUACUAUUAUUUCCCCAACAUAUUUCCCGUUCAUGUGCAUAUUGCCGACAAUUCAUAAUCCGCGACAUAUGUUUCCGACCUCUUGUGCUUCUCCGUCCAAAUGGAAUGGUAGCCAUACAUUGAUACCAAUGUAUACAUACUUCGUGGAUGUCACUGGGAGCGACACUAUGUCUCACUUGGGGUAGGAUUCGACAUUGUGUGGGUGUUACACUUAGAGCACAUCGGUGUCGGCGUAGUGGGGUGUACAUAGUGUUGUACAGAGAUACCACUUCAUUCUCGCGCGUAUGUGAAUAACUUGGUAAACAAUAGUCUCUACAUACCAGGGUACAUCGAUUCUGCAGUGGCCCUUUGACCCUACGCUCAUAGAGCUAGCUGUGUGGCAAGUCUUUGUAGGCAUUAGCGUCUGAAGUUAAAAUGUUACGUACAAUUCUCUUCCUGUGGUUAUUUUACCUGAGACUAACAUGGGCUUCGUCUCCCACAACGGAUGUCAAGCUGGCUGUGAUUAUCCCGGAAGACACACGACGUCAGUUUUCAUCUCACCAUAUCGCCCCCGUCCUUGACGUCGCUAUAGCCCACGUGACUCAAAGGUUCUUACUACCGCGCGUCAACAUCACCGUGCAGUACGGGAACUCGAAGUGCAAUUCUAAAGAGGCUCCUCUGAAGGCAUUUGACUUUUACCGUCAUAAAAAUGUUGAUGUCUUCCUGGGGCCCAUCUGUGAUUACAGCCUCGCUCCCGUGGCACGGUAUGCGCCAUAUUGGAAUGUCCCGGUGGUGUCCCCUGGAGGGUUUGCGCAUGACUUUGGUGCAGACAAACGCAUCCCGGAUGCAGAGUAUUCGACCUUGACCCGAGUGGGGGUGACCUUCAACUCCCUGGCAGUUUCGGUGAUAACGAUUGCACGUUAUUAUAAGUGGACGCGGAUGAAGGUGAUCUAUGAAGGUGAAGGUCACACAGACGUUACGCCAAGGUUUUGUUUCUUGGCGUCGUCCGCGCUGGUUUACUACAGCAAGGAGUACCAAUUGGACUACGACUUCCACAUCUUCCUCCCUAGGAUACACGACACGGAGACCAUGCUGAAGGAGGAGGUCGGGGUGGAGUUCACCAUCAUCGUCCUCUGCGCAUCCCCGGAUUCCGUCAGGGAGAUUAUGAUAAAGGCUCAUGAACUCAACUUCGACAACGGCGAAUACGUCUUCUUCAACAUCGACCUGUUCUCGAGUAAGAACGCCAGCGAGAGGCCGUGGUACCGUGAGAACGACACGGAAGCUCGCAACAAGAAGGCAAGGCUGGCGUACGAAGCGUUGAUGACCGUCACUUUGAGGAAGCCGACGAGCCCAGAGUACAGACGUUUCUCGGAGGAGGUGAAAAGAAGAGCUGCUCAGAUGUACAAGAACUUUACGUACGGGGAGGAGGAGGUAAACAGUUUCGUGGGGGCGUUCCAUGAUGCAGUGAUCCUGUACGCCCUGGCUCUCAACGAGACGCUGGAAGCUAACGGCUCCAUCUCCGACGGUGCCGCCAUCACACGUCGCAUGUGGAACAGGACAUUUGAAGGCAUCACCGGCACUGUCAGCAUUGACGCUAACGGAGAUAGGAACGCUGACUACUCGCUGCUGGAUCUCAACCCCGAGUCAGAGAAGUAUGAGGUAGUGGCUAAUUACUAUGGCAACCGACGACGCUAUGAGCCUGUAGCUGGCAAGAGGGUGUACUGGGCGGGGGGACUGGACUCUCCCCCUGCAGACACCCCUGAAUGCGGCUUUGACGGGUCGAAAUGUCCCCCUGACGAACCCUUCCCAGAAUAUGGUAUCGUCAUCAUUGUGCUCGGCUCCGUCCUCCUCGUGGUCCUCAUCGUCACAUUCUUUGUGUACAGGCACAUCCGACUGGAGGCGGAACUAGCGGAGAUGAACUGGAGAGUGAGGUGGGAUGACAUCAUGUUCGGAGCACCGGAGAAGAACCGGAAGUUGGAGAGACAGGGAAGUCGGUAUAGCCUCAACAGGAGGUACUCCUACGUCAGUGACUGUUCCAGGGAUACAAUAGCUGUACAGCUGGGGGAUGUCAACAGACAGCUGUUUACAAAGACCGGAUACUUUAGGGGAGCGAUUAUAGCUAUCAAGACCAUAGCUAGACAACACAUUACCAUUCAUAAACCCCUGCUGCUGGAGGUGAAAAAGAUCAAGGACUUGCAGAACGACCACCUCGUGAGAUUUAUAGGCGCCUGCAUCGACCCUCCGCACCAGUGCAUCCUCACAGAGUACUGCCCUAAAGGAAGCCUGCAGGAUGUCCUGGAGAAUGAGCAGAUCAAGCUGGACUGGAUGUUCCGCUACUCUAUAAUGCAGGACAUCGUAAGGGGCAUGGCCUACUUGCACAGUACAGAUGUCCAUUGCCAUGGCAACCUGAAGAGCACCAACUGUGUGGUGGACAGCAGGUUCGUGGUGAAGAUCACAGACUUCGGCCUCCACUACUUCCGGGAGACCGAUGACGACAUGGCGGAGGACACGUACGCCUACUACAGAAGUAAACUGUGGUCGGCGCCGGAGUUACUGCGCAUGAACAGUCGGCCACCAGAGGGCACCACCAAAGGUGACGUGUACAGUUUCGCCAUCAUCUGUCAAGAGAUUGUCUACAGGAACGGGGUCUUCUACCUACAUAACCUGGACGUGGGACCACAGGAAGUCAUUGAGAAGUUAAAAAGCGGUCUUAGGCCCUACUUCCGGCCGACAAUCGAGGAGUUUGACUGCCCCUGUGACGAGCUUGCUGAGGUCAUCAAACGGUGCUGGGCAGAAGAUCCGGCCGAGAGACCCGACUUCCAGUCUCUCAAGACUAUCAUUAGGAAGCUAAACAAGGAGGGUGACAAGGGCGACAUCCUUGACAACCUGCUGUCCCGGAUGGAGCAGUACGCCAACAAUCUGGAGGCGCUGGUGGAGGAGAGGACAUCGGACUACCUGGAACAGAAGAAGCGGGCGGAGGACCUGCUGUACAUGAUGUUGCCGAGGAGCGUCGCCAACCAGUUGGUGAAGGGGGAGUCUGUGGCAGCGGAAUCCUACGAGCAGGUGACCAUCUACUUCAGCGACAUCUGCGGCUUCACAGCUAUGUCUGCAGAGAGCACGCCUAUGCAGGUUAUAGCCCUGCUCAACGAUCUGUACACCACAUUCGAUUCAAUCAUUGAAAACUUCGAUGUUUAUAAGGUGGAGACAAUCGGGGACGCCUACAUGGUGGUGUCUGGUCUCCCGAUACGGAACGGCAACCUGCACGCCCGGGAGAUAUGUCGGAUGUCGCUGUCAAUCCUAGACGCUGUACUGUCUUUCAAAAUAGGUCAUAUGCCAAACAGGCAGCUUAAACUCCGCAUAGGCUUACACACAGGGUCGGUGUGUGCGGGGGUGGUCGGGCAGAAGAUGCCGAGGUACUGUCUGUUUGGGGACACCGUCAACACGACCUCAAGGAUGGAAUCGAACGGACUGCCUCUGAAGAUCCACGUGAGUCCGCAAACGAAAGAGGUGCUUGAUACUUUCCAUACAUUCCAGCUCGAACUACGAGGCCCAGUAGAAAUGAAGGGUAAAGGCGAGAUCAUCACGUGGUGGUUGUUGGGGGAGAACGGCCGGUAGUACACGCCAACAUCGCAGUUGUUGCUGCAGCAAGUCUAGUGAGGUCACGGUCGUACCUGACGACGCGGCCAGGAACGUGACAACGGCGACCAUCGUUGUCGCUGGUGCCAUUUCCGGGGCUGUCGUAUUUCAACCCCAGGAUUACCAGGAGCUGUGAUGGUAGCCACAAUAUGCAGACAGAGUCACAAGAUCACGCGUUCUAAAGGGGCCAAACCAUUUCAGUAAUACUAUCUUAAUUUCAUCAUCAUGAUGUUGUGCCUGAAACUGACGAGGACUUUGUAUAUAUAUAUAAGAUUCACCUGGUGUUUGGUACAUAUGCCGACGACAUAUAGAUAAUCAAUCGAUAUUCACUCCGUGAUACCACUGGACAUAUUGGACAUCGUCAAGAAAUAUAUGCAUAGACUGGUUAUAGACGUAUGCAAACAGCCGCCACCAAUGAAAUACCUGUGUUUUACCUUUCAGUCUCUGACUGUAUUCUGACUGUAUUCUGGCUGUAUUCUGACUGUAUUCUGACUGUGAUGACGACAGUUCAUGAUUCAUGCUUGCUCAAAAAUAUUUAACAUGAGUAGUUUUACAAGUGCUUUUUGUGUCGUCCUCACAUGUGAUAUGUAUUUGAUUACUUCUGACUUAUUUGAAUGUACAGUAAACUACGGUUAUAACGAACACGCUUAUAACGAACUGACGAUAUAACGAAUUUACUUUUUAGUCCCGACUAUUUGCUGUAGUUAUGCUGUAUAUAUGCUUAUAACUAACUGCGGUUAUAACGAACUAAAAACAGUAGUCCCUUUGAGUUCGUUAUAACCGUAGUUUACUGUAUUGGACACCACAAAACCUGCUGUCGGUGACAUCCAUUACCUGAGGUCUCCCUCACUGAUGACAGACAAAACGCAGUCAGAUUCACGAAACUCGAUUGUCGUCGUUCCUCGACCGGAAUGUAGUCGACGAAUCACAUGUCUGCCAUCAACAUGCCGGUGGUGCUGUAUGUUGUUACAUUGGGUGAUGCCGUCUCGAACAGGAUGGGAGCGGUCGGGUAGCCUAGUGGUUAAAGCGUUCGCCCGUCAAGCCGAAGACCCGUGUUCGAUUCCCGACAUGGGUACAAUGUGUGAAGCCCAUUUCUGGUGUCCCCCGCCGUGAUAUUGCUGGAAUAUUGCUAAAAGCGGCGUAAAACCAAACUCACUCACUCGACCAGGAUGGUGCUGAAGCCUAGGUAACGUUGGCAGCUGUUGGUCUGGUGGAGAUAGUGUUACAUUACCAUAUGUAACUGUUCCGACUUGGUCAUCAGAGCCCUUGAGUAUAAGUAGCUUGCAUAGUGAUAAGGGGUGAUUGGGUAGCUUAGAGGGAAAGCGUUCGGACGUCUAGCCGAAGGCCCAGGUUGGAUUUCGUACAUAGAUCCAAUGUGUGGAACCCAUUUCUGGUGUUCCCUGCUAUGAUCUUGCGGGGAAAUUGCUAAAGGCGGCGUUACACCACGCCCACUCAUAGAGACGAGUGUUGAACCUGAAUCCCAGAACCAAUGGACAAUUCAUUAAGCAUAAAUAAUCAUUUAGGAAAACAAAAGUAAAAAUCUAAACUAAGUAAGGCGAAUGUGAUAUGCAGGAUGGGUUAUACAAAGCUAUAUGCAAUAGAAAAACGAAAGUAAAAUCGAAACAUUUUAUGUUUAACUAAACUGACGAAAACAAAAAAUCAAAAGUAAAUCUAAACAUGGUGGUUUGUUUAGAAGGGUAUACCCAAGCGAAUGUGUUAUGCAGGAUGGGUUAUACAAAGCUAUAUUUAAUAGAAAACCAAAAGUAAAUCUAAUCGUGUUAGGUUUUGUUUAGAUGGCUUAACUAAAAUAAAAGUUCCUGCAAGAUGAGUUAAAUAGAACUAUAUUUCAUAGAAAUACAAAAAUAUAAUCUAAACAUUCUGUAGCGAUUUUUUAAUGCAGGAUGGGUCAUACAAAGUUAUAUUUAAUAGAAAACCAAAAGUAAAUCUAAUCGUGUUAGGUUUUGUUUAGAUGGCUUAACUAAAAUGAAAGUUCCUGCAAGAUGAGUUAAAUAGAACUAUAUUUCGUAGAAAUACAAAAAUAUAAUUUAAACAUUCUGUAGCGAAUUUGUUAUGCAGGAUGGGUUGUAUAGAGCUAUAUUUAAUAGAUAACAAAAGUAAAUCUAAACAUGAUGGUUUUGUUUAGAAGGCUCAACUGAAGCGAAUGUGAUAUGCAAGAAGGAUUAUACAGAGCUAUAUUUCAUAGAGAAACAAAAGUAAAAUCUAAACAUAAUGGUUUUGUUUAGAAGGCUAAACUAAAGCGAAUGUGAUAUGCAGGAAGGGUUAUAUAGAGCUAUAUUUCAAUAGUAACAUAAUGUUAUGGUUUUGUUCAGAAGGCUCAACUAAAGAGAAUGUGUUAAGCAAGAUGGGUUAUAUAGAUGCAUUUGAAAGUUCAGAAGAUGUCUUUGAACCCAACAUCACACAUUGGUAGUCAUGCGGACGUGUGUUAAGAUGAACAGUAGAUUUUGUAUAUUGGUUGUUUACUGUAGUCACCUUAAACUUAUGUGAACAUUUGUAGAUCAUAUGACUUUGUAUAUAAUGGCACACUUCUAGUGUUGUGAUGGUUUAAAUAUACCGUAUUCGACGUAAUACGCGCCCAGGGCGCUCACAAAAUUAGAAAAUAAGGGGCUCUUAUUAGAAUAUUAUUUGGUGAAAAAAAAAUUGAAAGAUAAAUUUCGUGGU